AUGGUUGUGACGCGCCGCAAGGCCGCCGAGCCUGCUCAGCAAUCGCACGCUGCGCCUGCUGCUUCGACGGAGCAAGAAGUCGAUGAAGCGCCUGUUACCGUAAAGAAGACUAGCCGCCGCAAGGUCACCGCUCGCACCCCUUCAGCCGCGAAGACAGCAGCUCCCACAGUCACCACCACGAAGGCCACAGCUGUCGCGACCACGACUACGUCUAAGAGUGUAGCAGCGACGACGACAAUGGCUGCGGUGAGGCGCACGCGAUCGAAGCAGACCGACUCACCGCUCAAGUCUCUCGAGGACAUCCAGCAGCAAGCGUCCGCGUCCAGCGCAAAAGACCCAGUAGUCAAGGCAACCCCCCUCAAGACAAAGCGAAAGUAUGGCGCGUCACACUACGACAAGAUUGGCCGCAGUGCCACGCCUGAGCAGCCGGCCACGCCUGCACAGGACGAGAGCAACGAUGACGAGGGAAUCUUCUUCACACAGAGUAACCAGCGCAAGUCGCUCUCUCUCAUUUACCCUACCCCCCCUCCUAUUCACGCCCCCAAUGGAGCAGUCAACGAUUCCGAUGCUGUUGGUCAGCAGAACGAUUCCGUUGCAGUUCCUGAGCACAUUGAUUCUGUUGCCGUUCCUGAGCACAUCAAUUCCGUUGCCGUUUCUAAGCACAUCGAGUCUGUUCCUGUUGGCUCUUCUCCUCGUCUCAACGAUUCGUUCGCAUUUCUGAACGAUGAUGCCUAUAUGCACGAAGCUUUCACCUGCCAUCAGGAUGAUACUGCAACGUUCUCCGAAGGCAAUCCUGUCACGCCGCAUCGCGAGUCUGCUUCUCCGCACGACGAGCCCGGCUCUCCCUAUGUCUCUCCCUCACCCUCAACCUAUGCCACUCAUGUGCCUACCUGGGUCAGAGUCUCAGCCGAUGUAGAUACCAAGUUUGUAUCCUACCCCCAGUUCACAGGACACGUCUCUACAGACACUCCUCUAGAGGCACAACUGCGCGAGGAGAAUUACUAUCUCCGAGAGCAACUCAAAGCUGUUCAGGCCAGGAACUUCAGACUUCAAGGAGACAACAUCGAGCUGAAGGGCUACAAAUGGGCAAGGGACUCGGAGAUUGCACGAUUGAAGCACUGUCUACCGCCUUCGCCGCCUACGUAUCUACCUCAGAGCUAUUGGUCCCCAGCUAACGAAGUACGACUAGAAAUCGAGACAUUCGGCAUGAACGACAGGUAUGGCGAAGGCAAUGCCGAAGCCUUUGACCUCCUCGACCACGUUACGACUUCUGCGCAAGAGACACACACCAUAUCACCCGACUCCGACGACGAAAGCGACGUAGAAAUGCAGUCGUCACAACGACCCGAACAACAAACCACCGAGAGUGAAACUGCUCGCAAAGCUGCCGAGGCAACGCCUGUGCGCACCAUCAGCAAACCAUCAUUCCUCACUCGGUCAAUAUCUGCGAUCAAGUCGAGGAUUGGAUGGUCAACCCCGACCCCAGCGCAACCUUCUCCUGCCCCAUCAUCUACAUCGCGUGCUCCGCCUCCAGACAGCUUCACCGAGCUGCUUUCCACCCCACCUACACCUGUUGGCGAACGUAGGCAAGUGCGCCCUAGGAAGCAAAAGCGGAACCUGAUGCUCCAGUUGCUCACCAAGGGUGUUGAGCCCGGCGACAUGGCCAAGGCACAGGAGUGGGCAAAGCACAUGAUCCCCACCCUAAAGAACUACUUGGACUUUCCUGUCAUGCGCCAGCGUCUCGAGAAACCCGUCCGUUUACAGGACUUGGAGCAGCUUCCCUCCAGCAAGCCUUGGGAAUCUGGCUUCGGUGAUCCACUCGGCCACCUCGAUGAUGAGGACAUCGUCCCAGUCUGGGCAGUCGUGCUAGAGAUCAUCUCAGAGCAGGAACAACCCAUGAAAAAGAGGAUGAAGGCCAGCCAUGAGGUCUCCAUGGGUCUUGACGAUACGCUGUCUUUGAACGAUAUGGACCGUGCCACGGAGCCACUCCAUGACAGUCAUGGCCACUCUGCAUCUCUCAUGGACUUACACCCUCGUCGCUCGGUUGAGCCUUCCCCAAUCUUCACAUCCUCACCGCCCCACCAGUCCGGCAGCAACAUCUUUAAGGAGCUGCGCGGACAUGGAGCCUCCGCAGAAUUCCAAGCCGACGAACAUGAAAUGGUUGAAGAGGCGACUAAGGAAGCUACCAACACCCAUAACCCAUCGCAAGGAUCAUUCGGCCUCGACUAUGGUUCGGAAGAGUCGGAAGACGAGUCAACCAUUCUUGAAGGCGAGACCUCUGAUGCCGACAACACGGCCUCUCCUCUCUGGACUCAGCCGCCGCCCCCAGCUCCUGUCCCUGCUCAUGCUCCCCUUCCUGGAGGUCCAGCUGCCGGAACACCUGCCGCCGCUGAAGCUCCCUCCGCUACCACAGAGCAGCCCAAGGAUGAGAUUGAGCGCCAGCGUCAGAAGUUGAUGAAGCACACCCCUGCUAAGCCUAGCCGUCUGCGUGAGGCUUUCGUCCCUUCGCCCAGUGUCCUGUCUGAUGCUGGCAACCCCUCCUUCCUGACGGGUACGCCCUUGGUACCUACAAACAUGUUCGACGACAUGCCGGAUGCGGAGGACCUGGACCUCACCUCCGAAGACUGGGCUGGAGUGCACGCCCUUACCAACUCCGAUGAGUGGAAGGCUGCUGCUGCCACCAACGUGUGGCCUGACCCAACCUACACUUACGCCUCGGAGGAGGAGGAGCUGAGCCCUGUCUAG